ACUAGAUCCAAGAUUUUAUUGAAUAUUCUAUACGUAAAUACAGACAAGCUAUAAAAAAAGAAAAAAGAAAUUGUAUACGUGUUCAGAAUACCCCCUCAAGUCUCCAUGUGCGGAACAAUAAAAUCCCCAUGCAUCUCCUCCCAUAUAAAAGCAGGCAGAUGAGUCCACCUCACAUCCAUCCGAGAUGCCCAGAAAUCAAAGCUCUCUCUCUGUACGACAGGAGGGAAAGCCUCCAAAUUAAAUUAAUUCACUUAUCCCCACUUUUAAAUUGUCCUGAAGAUAAAAAAAAAGUAGACUAUCCAUUUAAUACUCCCAAGCUUCAAAUCCUUCCGAUUUGAUUCACUCUCAUCACAGUUCUAACUUUGCACUCCCCUCCAAACCCUAAUGGCUUCCUCCCGUCUCUCUCUCUUCCCCGCUUUGCUUCUACUCCUUUUCCUUGUAGCUCCAUUUACGGUGACCUCCAAGACUUUCCCUGGAGACACCGAAGCUUUGAACGCCGUGAAGCAGGGCGUGGACCCCGCGUCCAUCCUCCCGGGCUCGUGCCUCAGUACCUGGGACUUCGCCGCCGCCGACCCCUGCGACGCCGCCUACGGCCCCCGCUUCACGUGCGGCCUCCGCUGCGACGCCCGCGAUGCCGCCGGCUUCCUCCGCGUCACCGAGCUCGCCUUCGACCCCGCCGGCUACUCUGGCUCCCUCUCCCCCUCAGUCUGGUCCCUCCCCUUCCUCGAGUCCCUCGACCUCGCCGACAACCGCCUCGCCAGCGCCGUCCCGCCGCCACCCCCCGCUGGCCUCCCCCCUCGCCUCCGCCGCGUCUCCCUCUCCCGCAACGCCUUCUCCGGCGAGAUCCCCGGCUUCUCCGACGCCCCUGCCCCUGCCCCCGCCCUCGAGGAGCUCUACCUCGACAGCAACCUCCUCUCUGGCCCGAUCCCCCCGGGACUGGCGACGCUCCCCGCCCUCCGAAGGCUGGAACUCCAGAUGAACAACCUCACCGGCGGGAUCCCAGAUCUGGGCCCCCUCCAAAACCUCGCCUUCCUCGACGCCAGCGACAAUGCUCUCUCUGGCGAGUUCCCGUCGGGGAAAUUGCCGGCGUCGGUGGUGCAGAUCUCUCUCCGGAACAACCGGCUGGAGGGGGAGAUCCCGGGGGCGGCGGUGGCGGCGCUGCCGGCGCUCCAGGUGAUGGAUCUCAGCCACAACGGGCUCUGGGGGGCGGUCCCGGGGGCCGCGUUCGAGCACCCCUCUCUCGAACAACUAACCCUCUCCUAUAACCAGCUCGAGUCGAUUACCCGCCCGGGGGAUGGCGGUCUAUGGAGCCGGCUCAUCGCGUUGGACCUGGGCCACAACCGGCUCGGAGGAUUCCUGCCGGCGUUUCUGGGUUUGAUGCCCCGGCUCUCGGCGCUCUCGCUGGAAGACAACCGGUUCACGGGGAUGAUCCCGGCCCAGUACGCGGUCCGCGUGGUCGGGGCUGGUGGGGCGGUGCCGUUCGCCCGGUUAAUUUUAUCGGGGAAUUAUCUUUUCGGGCCCGUCCCGAGCCCGAUGGUGGGUUUGAAGGAAGGGAGCGCGAUGGUGAGUCUGGCCGACAACUGUUUGUUUCGGUGCCCACCGGAGUUUUUCUUCUGCGAGGGGGGGAGGCAGAAAUCGUCCACCACUUGCCGGGAUUUCAACCCGGUGAUACCGUGAGGCAGAGUCCAUUGCACAAUUAGAAACUACUGCUAUUAUAUUAUGUAUGUCUCUCUCUCUAAAUGUGUGUGGUGUUUGAUCUUUUGUUGAUGUGGGUUGAAGAGUGAAGACAGGGUGUUUGUGGGUGUAAAAUAGAAAGGUUUUGUGGGUGUAGAGGAUUAGCUUUUGUAG